UCUCCUUUUUUGCUUCACACUGUAUACGAUAAUAUGCAUGUUCACUAUGUUUGGAUAUAUUAGUGUCUUGAUUUACUUUGUAUGUGUAUAUUUGAAAGGGAUUAUUUCAUUUAGACUCUGAAUAUAUAAAAUAAUUAGUUGAUGGGUUUGGUUUAGAAGGCUUUAAUUAUCAUCAGAAAGUUCAGAAAAUUGAACCUAUUUUGAACCCUAUUCCAAAGGGUUUCGAGUAUUGCAGAAAACUGUGUAAAUAAUAGUAAUAUGAGGCCCACUUUUUUUUUCUUAUUUUCAAAUAAGGUUCUCUCUAAAAUUGUUACUCGGAUUUCUUGGUUUACGCCAUUACCGUUCAAAAUUGGUGAUGGGCAAGAAAUCGAUUUGUUGGAGCCAUAUAUACUAUCUGAGAAAAAGGAAUGGUUAAAAUGGUGUAUUCGUGGAGUUUAAUGGCUGCACAUAAUGUGGGUUUGAUUUAAGAGUUGGCUUUGCUUUUAAAUUGUUUUUUUUUAAGUACUCAAAUACAUUAGGUUGAAUGGUUCGUGUAAAUUUUACAGGCUUGAGGAUAUAAAGGAAGCAAAGAUUGGUAUCAACGGUUUUUUUACUUUUUUUCCAGUGAAUCAGUCAAAGAUAAAAAUAUAACAGAUGGGAAGUUUGUGAACCUGGACCUUAGAAAGAAUGCGUUGGACUCAAUGGCUAAUAGAGGAUUGUUUAAUAGUGCUGACGGUUGGGUGUUCAUGUUAUCAACUAGUGAUGAUGAAUAUGUAAAUGAAGAGCAAAAUAGUCAAGGUACUGAGAAUUUUGGUGAACAGAGGAAUGAUGUUGAGGUUGGGAAUAAUGAUAUGGAAAUGAAAAUGAGUGUGGUUGAUGAAGAUCCUGCUAGUAGGAAAAGGAAAUGGGAAUACUACUCAAGCAUGCUCGAUUGGAUCACUAAGGUUUCAAAGGAUCCUUGUAACCGUACAAUUGGGUCCUUGCCUGAAGUGGAUAAGUGGAAGUCCUAUGGAUGCGAUCAGCUUUGGAAGCAGGUUCUCUUGGUUCGCGAUACAAUGCUUAUAAGAAGAAAUGCCGAUUCUAGCUUUCUACAAACAAAUUCGCAGAAAAAGCAAAAGAUGCAUCCAAGCUUGUACAAUGAUCGAAAAGGUUCUGAAACAUUAAGAUGCAGUGAGAGGCUUCUAUCUGCGAAGAAUUCUCAUAACAAAUCACAUGAUCAAAUUGGUGUGGAAUCAUUGUCCUCAGGUUCUCAUAGUGAUGAGGAUUGUACUGAUGGACAGUCUAAUUCAAAGGCAGACUCUGUUGGUUUUGCUGGAAACUUUCAUCGCAAGAAGAAAAUUCCUCUAGGUCCACUUUUUCAAGCAGAUGUACCAGAAUUUUGUGGAGAGACUUAUGAAAUUGAUUAUAAAUGGUUGGGUACCCGAAUUUGGCCUCUGGAAAAAGUAGAACAAAACAAAAAUUUGAUCGAAAGGGAUCCAAUAGGAAGAGGAAGACAAGAAUCAUGUAGCUGCCAGUUCCCAGGAUCUCUUGAAUGUGUCCAGUUCCAUGUUGCCGAAAAAAGGAGGAAGGUGAAGCUUGAGUUGAGAUCCGCUUUUUAUAAAUGGAAAUUUAAUUGGAUGGGUGAGGAAGUUGCACUGUCUUGGAUAAAAGAAGACGAAAACAAAUUUCAGGAUAUAGUGAAGUCGAAUUGUUUAUAUUCAGAAAAAUAUUUUUGGGAUGAACUUUUCAAGGUUUUUCCUAGAAAAGACAGAGAAGCGUUGGUGAACUACUAUUACAAUGUUUUUCUUCUCCGGCGUAGAGGUUACCAAAAUAGGAAAGAUGCAAAUAACAUUGACAGUGACGAUGAGGAAUCAGAGUUCGGACCAGUGGGCAAUAGAUUUGGACGAAAGGCUGCUAAUUCUCCAGGGUCCAUUUUCUGCACCCCAAAGAAAUCUCGCUAGAAUAUCAGAUAGGUGUCUGGUGCCUGAGAGCUAGUUUUGAUUCAAAGGGAAUUCUAGAACUUGUAAAUUGAGGAAGUUUUUGCAUUUUGGCAUUGUUCUUAUUCACAAUUGCCAACAAACCUCAUGAUGCCCAUUUUGUAUAUUGGAGAUCGGGCAGAUGUGCUGCAUGGUAAUGGAAAUGUUCAUUCUAAGAGGUUACUGCAAAUUUUGUCAAAUUCUAGUCUAUUCUUUUUUACAUUCUAAACAGGAAACUUGUCCACAUAUUACAAGUAUCUACAUCUAAUUUUGGUUA